CAUCAGCUCCCUUGUCAGUGGAAGUGUGCAGAAUCUAGAGCACAUAGGGAAAAUUACCUACUCGUAGGUACACAUAUCUAUCCCGCAGCUGGCAUGCUAGAGCAUCGCAUCCAGUCGCAACGAUAGAUUUUUAUAUUUUGCUUUCGUUACAACAUGCACGAGAUUGAUAGACUAACACCCUUCUUAGAGCAGCGAGCCAAAUGCCAAUCUACCUCACUGCAUUUCAGCUCAGCCUUCCACUUGUACUUGUGGCUUGCAGUGAGACGAGAUAAGAUUCAUCCAGAUGAGUUACGGUUUACCUCAAAACUUUCCUUUGGCGAUGCGAUGCUCUGGAUGCAAAGAGCGUUUUUUAGAGGAAACCCUGUGCCUCCAAUUGGCAUCUAUUUGAGCGGUGAAACCAGCCAGCAAGCCACUGACUGCUCAGACACGUCGUCGCCCUGCUCUAGAUCUUAGAGAGUCUGCAGCCCUUGGGGACUUAGUCUGAGACGUUCUGGCUCCAUUUACCUACCUACCUUCUUGGUACCCGUCAACCACCGUCAACCAAAUCCCUUCUUUUCAAAAACAACAACGUCAAACAUGCGGCGAAGCGCAGCUGCGACGUCUCUCCUAAUAUUCGCCCUCUCAAUCAUCUCGACGACCUACGUUCUCCUUUCUCUGACAUCCAAACGAUGGUCUAUCCAGAAGUACUACCUCAACAAAGAAGGAGACUUGGGAUUUGGAGCAGGAUGGGUGGAUCCCAUAUGCAAUGCUAGCAAAUCUCCAUUCUAUCGUUGCGAACCACCAGUUCUCACCAUCAAGAACAAUAUUGCUAGCUGCAACGUCCCGAAUUGCCAUUUCUAUCGGCCGUAUGGCAGGAAUAAAACAAGUUGUAGGGUGGCUGUAGAGACAAAAGAUGCGGAGCCGAACAGUGUGACAAACGCCGGCGAGCAAGAGUGUCAGGAUGUCCAUUAUACAGGAAACCUUCAAAUCGCAGCAUCAGUUUUCAUUACUCUCAGCCUAAUACUUCUUAUCCCUCUCACUAUCGCCAACUUCCUCCUCGGGGUCAAAGGUCCCAGAUAUGCAACACACACCCCAGCAGCUGCCACAAUCUCGACCGAAGAAGCGGGCACUGAGCCAAAAGCCGCCACUCAUACAAUGGGACCACUAAAUGGUCACAAAACCCCCAUUAGGAAGAAACCGGCAACCUGGACUCCGUAUUUGGUCUUUGUGCUCCUCGUAUCUCUUUACAUUGGUGCAAUCCUCCAGAUCCUGGCACAGUUUUUUGGAGUGAUAUCAAUGACGAUCAUCGCAACCCCGACACAGGACCAAGCCAUUCAGAGUAAUGUUGACAACCUGGGAGCCACACCAUGGAUCAUUGACAAGGCUUUGAGCGCGUAUGCUACUGUUGCUUGGACAAGUGCGCUUGCUUGUGCCGGCUUGGUCAGCUUAGUGUAUCGAACACCGAAGUUCACGAAACUUAUAUAGAGGAAGAUCGUAGUUCUGAAAGAGCAUUGACGUUGGAUAUGUUUGAUUCAGAACGGACGCUGUGUAUGUUUGUAGCUCAUGCGUGAUUAAUGGCUUCGCAUAUGGACUGCUUUAAUGAUAUGGUCAUCUACUU